CAAGGGAUGUCCUGUCACCUGAUCUGAGCUCAUCAUGUGACUGCUACACCGUGCGUGGAGCCCACUUGAUUCUAGCAUCUACCCAUACAAUAGGGAUGAAAGGGUGAAAUGAGUGAGGAUUAUGGAGCGGGUGUGAUGGACAGCUGGAGGCUACAGACCUGGCUACUGGCCCAGUAUUAGGCAAUGCCUUCCAACAAGUCAGUGUCUGAUGCCCCCAUCACCCAGUUCAGGAACUGCAGGAUCCUCAGGGACCAUAAGCUGCAGUGGGAGGAUCUGUGGGUGCGGCAGGGGAAGAUUCUUGACCCCGAGAAGCUGUUCUUUGACGAGAAAGGGGCUGCUGAUGCCCAGGUGGACUGUCGGGGGAGGAUCAUUGCACCUGGAUUCAUUGACACCCAGAUCAAUGGAGGGUUUGGUGUGGACUUUUCCCAGGAAACAGAUGAUGUGAGAGCUGGGCUUUCUCUGGUCGCUGGUAACAUCCUGUCUCAUGGCGUCACCUCUUUCUGCCCAACCCUGGUGACCUCCCCCGCGUCUGUCUACCACAAGGUGCUGCCUCAGAUAUCUGUGAUGGAUGGGGGACCACACGGAGCCGGAGUGUUGGGUGUCCACCUGGAGGGUCCGUACAUCAGCGCAGAGAAGAAGGGAGCCCACCCUGAGCAUUGCCUGCGCUCUUUCAGUGAGAAGGGUUUCUCCGAGCUCCUGGACACCUAUGGGACGUUGGAAGGAGUCAGCAUUGUCACACUCGCCCCUGAGAUGGGGCGGAGCCAGGAGGUGAUCACAGAACUGGUGCGGCGCGGGAUAUGUGUCUCGCUAGGGCACUCAGUGGCCAAUCUGUCUCAGGCUGAGGAUGCCGUAAGCUGCGGUGCCUCAUUUAUUACGCACCUCUUCAACGCCAUGCUGCCGUUCCACCACCGCGACCCUGGCAUUGUGGGGCUACUGACGAGUGAUCGCAUCCCAGCCGGAAGGACGGUUUAUUAUGGGAUGAUUGCAGACGGAAUCCACACCAAUCCCGCCGCACUUCGGAUAGCCCAUCGUGCCCACCCCAAUGGCCUGGUGCUAGUGACAGAUGCCAUCACGGCCAUGGGCCUUGGGCCCGGGAGACACACUCUGGGACAGCAGGAAAUACUCAUUGAUGGGUAUAACGCAUACGUGGCUGGUACAUGCACGCUGGCGGGCAGCAUCGCUUCAUGGAGACGUCGUGUAAAGCAUUUCCAUGAAGCCACAGGUUGUACCGUGGAAGAGGCUCUAGAAGCUGCGUCUCUUCAUCCAGCAAAAGUCCUUGGCCUACAGCACCGCAAGGGAACUCUGGAUUUCGGGGCAGAUGCAGAUUUUGUGCUGCUGGAUGACAAUCUGGACGUGAAAGCAACUUACAUAGCAGGCCAGGCUGUAUGGAAUUCCUUGGCUGUGUCCUAGUCUGUGGCAGUAUGAUGACUUACCCGGGAUCAGCACCCUAGCACCUCCUCCGUCACUGUGCCUUAUACUAGCUGCUAAUGAUGAAUGCUCUUAUGUGCGUGACCUUAUAUUGGCCACAAGAUGUCACCAGAGUGCUGGUUACACCAGUGAUGCAAGUGCCUGUCUCUCAUUCCUCUUCAUCAUCAAACCCAUUUACUCUCUGUAACAAGAAGGGACUGUGAGUAAGUGGGAGAUAGAUAAAAGAUGAGGUAAAAUAGUUGUAAAACCAUCAAUAUAAUACAAAGCUUAGUUGGUAAUGCAAUAAAAGCGUAACAGUCACUUCUACAUCAUGGAGGCUGCGUGUUGUGUCCUGACGCACAAGUUUCAUCCUGGGUAGACAGAAGGGCUGCAGUUCUGUUGCAGUAUAUGGGAUUUGUGGUGUCGCUGCAGAAGCCAGUGAGGUUUUUCCUGUGUAGCUUAUGCACUAUGCAGAGACGGCUCAUCAUUGCCAGGAAUACAGAUUUUGCACUACAGGCAACGAUUUCCACAAGAUCUAACACAUGGCGUUUAUUAUAGGAUAGGACACUAUGCUACACUGAUUGUGAAACCUAUUCUUUACACUGUGUAAUGAUAAUUGGGAGGGCACAAUGCACAACACACAGCCAAUGCUAAUAUGUGAACAUGUACAAUCUGCAAUACACAACAUAAAGAA